AAAAUCACUCAACGCUGCCGACGCCUUCAAGAUGGUCAACGUUCCCAAAACGCGACGAACCUACUGCAAGGGCAAGCAGUGCAGGAAGCACACGCCUCACAAGGUGACGCAGUACAAGAAGGGCAAGGAUUCGUUGGCCGCGCAGGGAAAGCGUCGUUACGACCGCAAGCAAUCGGGUUACGGUGGCCAGACCAAGCCCGUCUUCCACAAGAAGGCGAAGACGACGAAGAAGGUUGUUCUUCGGCUAGAAUGUACUGUAUGCAAGUACAAGAUGCAGCUCUCGCUCAAGCGUUGCAAACACUUCGAGCUCGGUGGUGAGAAGAAGACGAAGGGUGCUGCUCUUCAAUUCUGAUUGUGGUCAUUGUCUACCGCUCUUCUCCCUUCCUACGUAUUCUCGCAUCUUUCAUCCACGCUUUACCGAGUUCUAUGUGAUAUGCAAUCACACCAUGCAUAUGCAAUGCUGCAAAAAUACUGUAUUCUUA